CAGUGAACAUUUGAUCACUCAUCAAUCCUAUCUUGACAAUCGGAACAAACACUCGGGUGUUUAUCUUUGAACUGAAUCAUCUCCGCCAUGAUCAACUUCAGCAUAGACUUCAUCACUGGCCAAAAUACAACAGGUCGCAAGGAAGACAACUCCUUCAGCGAGGAGGAGGGUAGCGUCCCAUCCCCAAUCUCCAGCGACGACGGAGGCGCCCCCUGCUCCAGCUCCCCCCUCGACAAGGAUACGGCGGUUGGCCCAACAGCGAGAGACCGUCGACCUGGAGUCAAGCCGACACAUUCCUACAUCGCUCUUAUCUCCAUGGCAAUCCUCAGCACUGAGGGUAAGAAGAUGUUGUUGAGUGACAUCUACAGCUACAUCAUGGACAACUUCCCCUACUACAACAACAAGGACAAGGCGUGGAGGAACAGCAUCAGGCACAACCUCUCCCUCAACGAGUGUUUCGUCAAGAGUGGCCGGGCCGACAACGGAAAGGGCAACUACUGGUCCAUACAUCCAGCAUGUAUCGACGACUUCUCCCGCGGUGACUUCAGACGCCGUCAAGCCCGUCGUCGUGCCAGAAAGAAUAGUCUGAGCCGGGACACGUGCGUGAGUAACCUACCACUCAGCUACAGAUACAACCUCGGUUACGUCCCGAUGACUCCCUCUACUGUUGGGACGCCUACCUACCGGCCGUGCUACAGCCCUCCGUCCCCUGUGUAUGCCACCCAGACAAGCUUCUACUGUCCACCAGUAUCUACCGGGGUCACCCAAGGAUUGUACGCACCCUACCAGUCACAGCCCUCCGUCUACAGCUCCCCUGCCCCCACCCCCGGACUUGCAGUGUCCUCAUCUUGGGGGUGCGACUUAUACAGAAGCAAAGACUUCACGCACACUCCCGUGCCUUAUACGGAGUAAAUGAAAUGUCAUUUAGACUCAAUCGGACGAUGAUAAACAAUUAUUUACCCUGAGCGGGCGUUGCGAUCUAAGACGAUGAAGUGAAAGGUGUAUUGCAUGACGCGAGAAAGAUAAUCGAUGUUUGGGGUGUUGUUCUUACAUUCUAGUGCCUGUGUUGUGAGAACGGUGAGUGUGUAACACCUCUUUGUUUUGUAGUUAUAUUGUAUUUAUAUUGUUACAUCAUUAUUGAAGAUUUUUAUUGCUAAGAAUGGAGUGUCUUCGUCCAAGCAUG